AUGUUGCAUCACGAAAGCCCUGUGAUGCAGCAUAUUAUUAAUUACCCAAAAAAUUUUAGGGUGGUAGUUUCUGCUCCCAAAGGACCAGGUCAAUACAAUUUUGCCUUUGACAAUAUUGGAAAGAUCUGCUCACUUUGUGGAAAAGAUUUCAAUUGCGUAUGGAAUCUACAACGCCACCUUACCAAAUAUCAUAAGUUAGCAACUCAUAUUGCUAACAAUAUUGGCCCUCAAUAUGCCAAUAGAAACCUAGUGUCACAAAGACAGACCACGAACACUGCCAAGCCGACUGCCCCUGAUCACAAUGACGAUUCUGUUAACAAAGACCUACACGUUGAAUCCGAUUUGGAGGAUGACGACAGCAGCGAUGUUGAUGACAUGAACAGUGAUGGUGACGAUAAUGUUAGUGAGAUUGAACUCAAUGCCAGUGAAAGUAUUAUCGAGAUGGAUGAGGACACUAGCCCCUUUGAAAGUCCAAGUCCAGGCAACCACCUAUACAUGCAUAUAAGAAAUAGUAUGUUGUCUUCUGCAUCCAAUACCAGCUCAUUGUUGGAUGCAGAUCUCGAUUUACUGGGAGAAGCAACUGGAUCGCAUACGACAUGGAACCAGUAUAUAUCAGACACCCACCCAUUCCUGGAUCUCCAGUUUAUGUUACUGCUUGCCUUUGUUGAUGGCAAUAAUGAUAUGGUAUCUCGCAGGAUCUUGAAAAAGAUCCUGUUGACCAUAAGUCUUGUCCUUAAGCUUCAUGAGGAAGCUAUCCAAAAGAAGUCCCCGUUCAAAAAAAAGUCGAAGAUUCCUGUAUUUCCGUCCACAAAAGUUGAUAUCCAGUUGCCGGAAAACAAGACCACGUCUGCUUAUAUCAACUUGCCUUCAGACCACGUCCAGUUUCUUGCUGCCAACCCCAAGAAAGCAAGAAACAUGUUUUCCCUCCCUGACCGCACUCCUAACCAGUCCAUUUGUCUACAACAAGGCGAAAACAUAGAUUUUUGGUCUGGUGAUAUUGUUAACUUUAUGAAUGGUUCUACUCCAUCCCUUUUCCUAGUAGAAUCAUUCCAUACCAUGGAUAACUCAGCCGUUUUUGUUCAAGGCUACAUGGUUUAUAUUCUGGAUGGUGGUCAGUUCAUUGGUAUCAAAGUUGAAUCUACUAGCAUAAAGCUUGAAGCUCUUCUCGGUGUUGACUCGACCCCUGUUGAUGUUGCCCUAUGCUACAGCAUCUCACCUGGGAAAAUCUUUCAUUUGAUUCCCAGGCACAAGUCCUUGCUGGAAGAGCCUCAUUUCUUAAAACGGCACGUACUAGACGAAACUAGAAAGCCAAUUGAUCCAAAGUUGUUUUACAAGGUGAGGAUAUCGCCCAUUAUACUUUUCACCAACGACACCUCUGAAAACCAAUUAAAGCAAUAUAACCCGUAUGAAAGCUGGUCAAUGAAGUUUGCUGCUCCCUCCUACGAAGAGAGGUCUUCAAUUGAAAGCAUCCACUUUCUCUCUGCUAUUCCCAAGAAAAAGGGGGCAAGUGGGAUGUCCUUGUUGCCUAAAAUUGUUGAAGAUUUCAAAAGGCUCAAAAACAGACUGGUGAUGUUCUCUGCCAAAGACAACAAAAACGUCUUAGUAGCAUCACCACUCCUUUGGAUCGAAGCAGACACUCCAUGCCAUUCUGAACUAUAUGUUUUGUGCAUGCCGACAACUCUGUACCCAUGCCACAAAUGUUAUGUCCAUUUACAAAGAUCCAUGCCCAACCUCCAAAGCUCUUUGUAUUAUACUGAUAGACACACAGCAAGAACAAAGGCAUACUAUCUUGCUGCUGCGUCUACUUUGGGACGUGGAUCGACUAUUCCAGAUACUCCUUUGACUGGAAAUGCUCUGAUAGCAAGUGACCUAUGCUUCACAAAUAGGGCAACAGAUGCAUUGUUGGAACUAGUCAUUCAAUCCAUCGACAGAUACCCUGAUUGUCCAAAGCCCUCAAGGAUUAUAAAAACUCUCAAGAAAUGUCAAGAAAGUUCACUCAAGAGUUAUAACACUGUGACUCAUUCCUUGGGAGGGAUUACAAAGUUCUUCUGCAAAUUCUACCCACUAUCUUUGUUACAGAAUUUGCAAAUGAUAGUAGUUACAAGCCUUAUCCAAGAACUGCAUCAUUAUGACAUUACCUGUGAAAUCGAAGGACAUAAUCCAUAUUCUUUGAAGCCCAAGAUUCAUCUGCUCACACAUCUGCCCAAUGAUUUACAAAGAUUUGGAACUGCUCUACACUAUGAGACCAAAAAAGAUGAGCAGUUUAACAAACACAUCCAUGAACACUUAAUGCAUACCAAUAGGUUAAACACCUCAAGAGAUGUGAGCAAGGACAAAAUGAGAGAGAAGUAUGGUAAUUCCACAGCAGAAUUUCUUAAAGAAAACUUUAACGACAAUGUUAAGAAUAUCCUGUUUGGUGAAUCAAGAGACUUUGUUGAUAAUAACGACACUGAUGACAUUACAGCAAAAGCACUCUGUGACAAUACCUUUGCAAUGUUCAUGCUCAAGGAGAGUAGAGACCAACAUGCCCAUCCAUUUAUUGGAAAGGUCUCCUCUUUGAGAGUAGAACACUAUCGAGUUGAGAGUAGUCCCCACGCUCAAGUUAACAACUACCUUCUUGCACAAAGGGUUUCCAAUGAUGCAUCUACUCCACUCGAUCAGCUGAAGAUUGUAUGUAAGCUUGAUAUGCACACAGAAUUUAACAAUAAGCUUGUCAUCAAUCUCAGUAAAUUUGGCUCCUACUGGUUCUUUGUUUUCUUGUUUUCGAAUCGACAAUAUUGA